GAGCGACGAGGGGACGUCGCGUCGCCGGGUCUCGAGCAGCUGCCGCGGAGCCGCCGGACGGACCGCCGGACCUGCCUGCCCGCCAUGGCCGAGAGCGACUGGGACACGGUGACGGUGCUGCGCAAGAAGGGCCCCACGGCCGCCCAGGCCAAGUCCAAGCAGGCUAUCCUAGCAGCUCAGAGACGGGGAGAAGAUGUGGAGACUUCCAAGAAGUGGGCCGCCGGCCAGAACAAACAGCAUUCGAUCACCAAGAACACGGCCAAGCUGGACCGGGAGACUGAGGAGCUGCACCACGACCGGGUGACCCUGGAGGUGGGCAAGGUGAUCCAGCAAGGCCGGCAGAGCAAGGGGCUGACUCAGAAGGACUUGGCCACGAAAAUCAACGAAAAGCCACAGGUCAUCGCGGACUAUGAAAGCGGACGGGCCAUUCCUAAUAACCAGGUUCUGGGCAAGAUCGAGAGAGCUAUUGGCCUGAAGCUCCGGGGGAAGGAUAUCGGGAAGCCGAUUGAGAAGGGGCCCAGGGCGAAAUGAACACAAAGCCUCGAAAUCAGUGCGUUCCGGCUGAUCUCGCCUGGCUGGUUCCCCUUGACCACCGGUGCCAGCGUGGUCUCUUCACGUGGCCGAGCGGAACGCGGGGCGUCAGCCCUGCCCGGGAACCCCCUCUACCCUGCUGUCAAACAAAACCUUGCAAAGUAUUGCUUCUCCUGAUUUUUUUUCCUUCCCAUCCCUGGUGUCUGCCCAGCCUCGGGGCGGCUCCCCGGGGAGCUCUGAGCGGGACCACCUCACGCUGGCGGGGCUGUGGGGUGGGGUGGCCUGACCCAGAAGAGAAGAUGUCUUCUCCAGUUGGCUUUUAGAGAAGCUAAUAAACGUGUUGCCCUUCC